AUGGCGAACGUUCUCCUUUUCGGCGAUCAGACCGCCGAACAGUACACUCUCCUCCACAAGAUCAUCCUCCGCAAGGAGGAUGCGCUUGUUCGCAGCUUCGUUGAGCGCAUCUCAGUCGUCCUUCGUGAGGAGACUAGGGCGCUCCCGCGCAGCCAACGCGAUGUCAUCCCGGAUUUCCUCACGCUCAAUGACUUGGUUGAGGCCUACUACCAGAAGGGCUCGAAAGUGCCCAUGCUGGAGUCAACCUUCGUCACGAUUGCUCAGAUCGGCCACUACAUUGGCUACUUCAACGUCAACCGCAAGGAGCUCCCAGCCACCAACAACAUCCGCGUCCUAGGCCUCUGCACUGGCAUGCUCGCCGCAGCCGCUGUCGUUUCCGCGAAGACCAUUGAAGAGCUUGUCAUUCUAGGUGUGCAGUUCGUCCGCAUUGCUUUCCGCUCUGGCGCGGCUGUGGAUGCCGCUCGCGGCGUCCUCUCUCAGAUUGGUGAGGAGAAGGCACCGUGGUCUACCAUCGUCACUGGCACGACCGAGCAGGCUGCCAAGGAGGCCUUGGCUGCGUUCCAUCAAGAGAAGGGCAUCCCACAAUCCAACCAGGCCUACGUCUCCGCUGUCUCCGUGAUGGCGAUUACCAUUUCCGGCCCGCCCACCACUGUGAAGCGUUUCUUCGAGGAGUCUCCAGCUCUUUCGAAGAACCACCGCGUACCAAUUCCGGUGUACGGCCCGUACCACGCUGCGCAUCUGUUCAGCGAUGCGGACAUCAACAAGAUUGUCGAGGGUGCGGUCGCCGAGGAACUCAAGAAGUUCCAGCCGAUGUCUCUCGUUCACUCUGCCUCCACUGGCAAGCCGGUCGUCGCUGAGAACUCUCUCGAACUUGCCAAGCAGGCGUUGGCCGAGAUGCUUCAAAAGCCAGUCCGCUGGGACCACCUCCUGGAGGAGGCUGUCUCCCAGAUGACUGCCAACAAGUCUCCCGCCAAGAUCUACGCCAUUGGUGUCAGCAAUGUUGCCAACAGCCUUGUCUCCGCUCUCAAGGCUGGAGGUAAGACUGACGUUUCCGUGAUCGACCAGAGCGCCUGGGAGGACGCCCCUGAGAUCAGCAACGGCCGUACUCAGAACGACAAGAUUGCCAUCGUCGGUAUGGCCGGUCGUUUCCCGAGCGCCGCCAGCCACGAGGCGCUGUGGGACCUGCUCAUGAAGGGCCUUGACGUCCACCGCAGGAUUCCCGCCGACCGCUUCGAUGCUGACGCUCACUGCGACCCAUCCGGCAAGGGCAAGAACAAGUCCCACACCCCUUUCGGCUGCUUCAUCGACGAGCCUGGUCUUUUCGACCCGCGCUUCUUCAACAUGUCUCCUCGUGAGGCUGCUCAGACUGACCCUAUGGGUCGUCUCGCCCUCGUCACCGCCUACGAAGCCCUCGAGAUGUCUGGUUACGUGCCAAACCGUACACCCUCCACCAAGCUUCACCGCAUUGGUACCUUUUACGGUCAGACUUCCGACGAUUGGCGUGAGAUCAACGCCGCCGAGAACGUCGACACUUACUACAUCACUGGUGGUGUGCGUGCUUUUGCCCCAGGCCGCAUCAACUACUACUUCAAGUUCUCCGGCCCGUCGUACUCCGUCGACACUGCCUGCUCAUCCUCUCUCGCUGCCAUCCAGCUCGCUUGCACUUCGCUGUGGGCCGGCGACUGCGACACGGCCUGCGCUGGUGGUCUUAACGUCUUGACUAACCCGGACAUUUUCUCCGGUCUUUCCAAGGGUCAGUUCUUGUCCAAGACCGGCUCCUGCAAGACCUACGACAAUGCUGCCGAUGGUUACUGCCGUGGUGAUUCUUGCGGUACUGUCAUUCUCAAGCGUUACGAGGAUGCCAUUGCAGACAAGGAUAACAUCCUCGGCUGCAUCCUCGGCGCUGCCACCAAUCACUCAGCUGAGGCCGUGUCAAUCACCCACCCGCACGCUGGUGCCCAGGAGUUCCUCUACAAGAGAGUCCUCGCCAAUGCUGGUGUUGAUGCGCACGAGAUUAGCUACGUGGAGAUGCACGGUACCGGUACCCAAGCCGGUGACGGCAUUGAGAUGACCUCGGUCACCAACGUCUUCGCUCCUCGUCAUCGUCAGCGUAAGCCGGAGCAGACCGUCCACCUCGGUGCCAUCAAGGCCAACGUUGGCCACGCCGAAGCUGCCUCGGGUAUCAACUCCGUUAUCAAGGUCAUGCUCAUGCUGAAGCACGGCAAGAUCCCGGCCAACGUCGGUAUCAAGGGUGAGAUCAACAAGACUUUCCCGGCUGAUCUGAAGGACCGCAACGUCCACAUCUCCACUAAGGAGGUGCCAUUCCCUCGCAAGGGUGCCGCCAAGCGCAAGGUGUUCCUCAACAACUUCUCCGCCGCUGGUGGUAACACUGCGCUGCUUAUCGAGGAUGGUCCUCUUCGUGAGGCCCCAACCGGCACUGACCCGCGCAGCACUGUGCCGAUCACCGUCACUGCUCGCUCCAUUGCCUCGCUCAAGCGCAACAUUGCCAACCUGCAGCAGUACCUGGCUGAGAACCCGGAGACCACGCUCCCAUCGUUCUCCUACACCCUCACGGCCCGCCGCAUCCAGCACAACUACCGAGUCUCUUUCCCGCUCGACCAGAUCAGCAAGGCUGCCGACGCGCUUCAGGCUCAGGUUAAGGAAUCGUACAACCCGGUUGCUAUGGUUCCAUCCAAGGUGGCCUUCUGCUUCACCGGCCAGGGCUCCCAAUACACUGGCCUCGGCCAGAAGCUCUACCAAGACCUGAAGAGCUUCCGCGACGACAUUAACCAGCUCGACAACCUCGCCCGUAUGCAGGGCCUGCCUUCCUUCCUUGAGCUCUUGGACGGCACUGACGUUCAGACUCUCUCCCCGGUCAAGGUCCAGCUUGGCAUGGCCUGCAUUCAAGUUGCUCUCGCUCGCAUGUGGGCUGCUUGGGGCAUCACUCCUACUGCCGUCAUCGGCCACAGCCUGGGUGAAUACGCUGCUCUUCACGUUGCCGGUGUCAUCUCGGCCGCCGAUAUGGUCCUCCUUGUCGGUCGCCGUGCUGAGCUGCUGGUCCGUGACUGCACUCCUCACACCCAUGGUAUGCUUGCCGUCAAGGGCAGCGCUGAGGCUAUCCGCAACACUCUUGGCUCGCGCAUGACCGAGAUCGCUUGCAUCAAUGGCCCAGAGGAGACUGUCCUCUGCGGUAGCGGUGAGGUUGUUGGUGCUGCCAACGAGGCUCUUACCGCCAAGGGCUUCAAAGCCACCAAGCUCAACGUGCCUUUCGCCUUCCACAGUGCCCAGGUCGACCCGAUCCUUGACUCGUUCAAGAAGAUUGCUUCCUCGGUCACCUUCAACAAGCCUUCCGUCCCGGUCCUCUCCCCUCUCGAGGGCGAGAUUAUCCGCGAGGCUGGCAUCAUCAACCCUGAGUACCUUGCCCGCCACGCUCGCGAGACCGUCAACUUCUGGACUGCGCUCACCAGCGGUCAGAAGGCCAAGGUCUUCGACGAGAAGACUGCCUGGCUCGAGGUUGGUGCCCACCCGGUCUGCUCCGGUAUGGUCAAGGCUUCUAUCGGCGCCACCGUUACCGCUCCAUCCCUCCGCCGUGGUGAGGAUGCAUGGAAGACGAUCGCCAGCAGCAUGUGCACGCUGUUCAAUGCUGGUGUGAACAUCAACUUCGAUGAGUACCACCGCGAGUUCAACGAUGCCCAGGAGCUGCUUACCCUGCCAACCUACUCCUUCGACAACAAGAAGUACUGGUUGGACUACCACAACAACUGGACUCUCACCAAGGGUGAGGCUCCGCAAGUCAAGGAGGUCAUUGUCGAGAAGCAGGUUGCUGGCGCCGCCGCCGCUGCUGCUCCAGCCAUCGAGGCCCCGGCCAAGCGACUCUCCACCUCCUGCCAGAAGGUCGUUUCUGAGGAUAUUACCUCCACCACUGGCAAAGUGGUCGUCCAGAGCAACCUUGCUGACCCCAAGCUCUACCCGGUUGUCUGCGGUCACUUGGUCAACAACUCGGCUCUCUGCCCAUCUUCACUGUACGCCGACAUGGCGCUCACCGUUGCCGACUAUCUCUACAAGGAGAUGCGCCCUGGCCAGGAAGUUCCGGGUAUCAACGUCUGCAACAUGGAGGUGCCGAAGCCGCUGAUUGCCCAAAUUCCUCAGCCCGCUGAGGGUCAGCACAUCCAGCUCGAGGCAAACGCUGACCUCAACACCGGCUUGGUCCACCUGCAGUUCCGCAGCGUCAAGCCUAACGGUCAGAAGCUCCAGGACCACGCUCACUGCACGGUGCGAUACGAGGACAAGGCCUCGUGGGCUGAGGAGUGGUCUCGCUACAACUACAUGGUUCAAGCCCAAAUCGAGCUUUUGAACCAAAAGACCCUGACGGGUGGUGCCCACAAGGUGCAGCGCGGCAUGGCUUACAAGCUGUUCAAGGCUCUUGUCAACUAUGACGACAAGUACCGUGGCAUGUCUGAGGUCGUCCUCGCCAGUGGUCAGACCGAGGCAUCUGCGACUCUCGACUUCCCAACCAAGCCCGAGGACGGUGACUUCUACUGCUCGCCAUACCACAUUGACGGCUCUUGCCACAUUUCUGGCUUCAUUGUCAACGCAUCCGAUCUGCUCGACUCCGACCAGAACGUUUACAUCUCACACGGCUGGGGUGCGAUGAAGUUCAGUAAGCCGCUCACCUCCGGCAUGAAGCUCCGCAACUACGUUCGUAUGCAACCGCAGCCGAACAACGUCUCCAAGGGUGACGUCUACAUCAUGGAAGGCAAUGAGAUCGUCGCUGUCUGCGAGAGCAUCAAGUUCCAACAGAUCCCGCGCCGUGUCCUCAACACUUUCCUGCCGCCGAACAAGGGCGCCGCCAUGCCUGCUGCUGCACCUGCACCCAAGGCCGCACCAGCUCCCAAGGCUGCGCCAGUUGCUGCUCCUGCACCGGUUGCCCCUCGUCCCGUUGCUGCUGCAGCCGUCAAGGCUCCUCCAGUACCGAUGGAGAACUCCCGUGUGUCAGACAAGGCUGUGUCGAAGCCGAAGAAGGCCGCUGCUCCUAAGAAGGCAUCCGGCGGUCUCACUUCCAAGGUCAUGAAGAUCUUGGCAAAGGAGACUGAAGUCGAUGAGGCUGAGCUCGUCGAUGACGCUGCCUUCGAGAAUCUCGGUGUCGAUUCUCUCCUGUCCCUGACCAUCUCUGCCAUCUUCCGUGAAGAGCUCGACAUGGAGAUCAGCUCCACCCUCUUCACUGACUACCCAACCGUUGGCGACAUGAAGAAGUACUUUGCCAAGUUCGACAAUGGCGCCGCAGCUGCCGAGCCAGAGGAGGAGGACUCUGACGAGGACUCUAUCCCACCAUCUGACGCCCCGACCCCGCUAGAACCCGUCGACACCCCAGCAAGCUCCAUUGCCCCAAGUGAAGCUGGCAAGCCCGAGGUCGAUUCACCCACUCGCGAGACUCUUGCCGAUGUCGGUGAUGUCAGCCUUGCCCGUCACAUUGUCGCGCAGGAGAUGGGUGUCGACAUCUCUGAGAUCACCGACGGCGCCGAGCUUGCCGAAAUGGGUAUGGACUCGCUCAUGAGCUUGACCAUUCUUGGUGAGCUGCGCGAGAAGACUGGCAUUGAUCUCCCAAGCACGUUCUUGACCACCAACCCAACCAUCAAGGACAUUGAAGAUGCUCUCG